UAUGUGCGGCUGUUCCCCCCGUGUGCCCUUCCCCAGAGGUGGCUGCAUCUCAGCGCCGGCCGAGCCCUCCCCGUGGAAUUUUUGCUAUACGUUUGUGGGUAGUUUUGCUCUGGGUUGUUUCCUUCCCCUUCUCGGAGCCCUCUGGCUUCCUGGGGAUGUCCCUGCCUGCCCCACAGUUGGGGGGAGCGAGGCUCAGCGUGCCAGUCGCCAGCCCUUCUUCGGGACCGGCCCGCUUCCCCCCCACCCCUUAGUGGGAUCCUUCCCCCCCAUCCCCUCAGCUGGGAUCCCCUCCCCCAGAAUGCCCCCAAGCUGCCCUAUAACAGCCCCUUCUCGACACCACCCCUCGGCUGUGGUGCUAAAGGUAAAUUCUCAGCCUUUGCCCCCGUGUCUGAGCUCAGGGCUUUGUGCACCUUCCAGCAGUCAAGAAAUGACCUGCAGCAGAGACUAACCUCACCACAUGUGCCAGGUGCAAUUCCACUGUGACCAGGGCAUUAAUAUCGGGUAUUUCGCCACAUGGAGAGGGCUCGCCCAGCACUGAGAUGCAGCCACCUCUGGUGUGGGGCAGGUGGGGAACGGCCAUUCAUAACACUACCUCAAAGGACUUUAGGACAGGAAGUGAAGGCGUUUUCUGUAUCUCAAUGACACAGGGGGCUUAGGGAACCCUAAAUCUGGAUCUCCAUCUGGAUUUGGCCAGGACACUGGAGAUCCACCCUCAGCUCUGUGGGACAGGGUCUGCGGAGAGAUCAAGGCCUUAGUUUUCAUGCCGGACGUAUGACGCGGAAGAGCAGGGCAACCCGGGGCCGUAGGGAGACUGAGAGGCCUGGUCUGGGAAGGAGGAACUGACCCAGGUGCUGCUUGGCAUGCGGAGAUGGCAACGGGCGAGCCCGGCUCACCGACGCGGGAAGGGAUGGCGCUGCCCCAGGAGCAGGCCGGGCUGUGCCCAACGGAUACAGGGGGGGAUGAGCUCAGCGCUGACCCGGAGGAGCAGGAGGAGCUGCUUGCCCCACAGAGCAAUGGGCCCGUGAGAGCGGCUGAUGGCCAGGGGGAUGCCCAGGAGGAGCCGAGCGACAAGGAGCUCUCGGACUCGGCCUCCACCGACAAUGCCUUGGAGGACUCGAGUGAGUUCGGGCGGCCCCUGGGGGUGGGGGCCUGCGAGCCAGGGGGCCCCCUGGCCCCUCCCACGCACCGCGACGAGGACGUGACGGCCGCCAGCUGGCGGGCCCGCAGGAAGCACAUCUUCGUGCUGAGCGAGGCCGGCAAGCCCAUCUACUCUCGCUACGGCAACGAGGAGGCCUUGUCCUCCACCAUGGGCGUCAUGAUGGCGCUGGUGUCCUUCAUCCAGAGCGGCGACAACGCCAUCCGCUCCAUCUACUCAGAUGACCGGAAGCUGGUGUUCGUGCAGCAGGGCCCGCUGGUGCUGGUGUCGGUGUCGCGGACGCUGCAGUCGGAGCAGCAGCUGCGCCAGGAGCUGCUCUACGUCUAUUACCAGAUCCUCAGCAUGCUGACCCAAGUGAGCAUCACCCGCAUCUUCGAGCGCAAGAAGAACUACGACCUGCGGCGCCUGCUGGCUGGCUCCGAGAAGAUCCUCGACCGCCUGCUCAACCUGGUGGAGUCGGAUCCCGGCUUCCUGCUGGGGGCCGUGCGCUGCCUCCCCCUUCCUGCCUCCCUGCGGGACGCCCUGGGCACCCUACUGCAGAAGGCCAUCACCCCCAACCUGGUCUUCUCCAUCCUGGUGGCCCGCAGCCAGCUAGUCACGGCAGUGCAGGAGCGGGCGGUGAUCGAGGAGUGCCGGCUGGAGCCCACCGACCUCCACCUGCUGCUUAACCUGAUCGGGGCCAGCUCGGCCUUCCAGGCCGGGGAGAUCUGGACGCCCAUCUGCCUGCCCCGCUUCAACCCCGACGGGUACUUUUACGCCUACAUCUCCUACCUGGACGCGGAGUGCACCGUGUGCCUGGUGCUGCUCUCCACCGACAAGGAGUCCUUCUACGCCGUCUCGGACUGCAAGAAGCGGGUGGAGGAGGCCAUGCGGACUCAGGGCUCGCUGCAGGUGCUCUCGGGCGGCCUGCAGAGCCCCUCCUAUGGCGUGGGGCAGGUCGGGGUGCCCGACUUGCGGCACUUCCUCUACAAGCCGCUGGAUAUCCCGGAGAACUACCGCCAGCUGCCCCAGUUCACCAGCCCAGAGCUGGAGGGGCCGUAUUGCAGCGAGGAGGAGCAACACCGGCUCUUUGACCUCUACCAUUACCUGCACAGCCGCAUUCACAGCACCUCUCGCCCCCUGCGCCUCAUCUACCAUGUGGCCGAGAAGGAGACGCUACUCGCCUGGGUCACCAGUAAGUUCGAGCUAUACACCUGCUUCAGCCCCCUGGUAACCAAGGCCGGCGCCAUCAAUGUCCUCACCAAGUUGUUGCGCUGGAUCAAGAAGGAGGAGGACCGGCUCUUCAUUCGCUACCCCCCAAAGUACUCUACUACGCCCAACCCUGGGAAGGGCGCCAAGGGGGGCCGGCCCGAUGGCGCGGAGAACGGAUUUUUUGCUGGCCUCUAAGCCUGAACCUGCUUCACCCGAGGCCCCUGUAUUUCACUGGUGAUUGGAUAACUUGGGGGAAAUCCCUUCUCCUCUUUGAAGGGGAGAUCGGGGACCCCCCCUCCCGAGAAACCACACUCUCUAGGAGCUGGCUCAGGCUUGGCCGGCUCCUUCUGGGGUGGUGGCGACACGACACGUGGUUAUCUGCCUGUCUUAUUUAUUGGCCUACUCGUAUCUCCGAGCCUCUGUUGGGGAAGCCGGAGUGGGGGGUUUGUUUCACUUUGGGCCUCGUGCUCCAAGCUGACGUGGGGCGCAGAGGCGGGUGGCGAGCUUACAUUCUGGCUCGCAUAAGCCUGUACCGAAGGACUCCACCUGCAUGGUGGAGCUGGGGUUGGGUGCGGCUUGUUCCAUCUCCUUGACAGAAGCUGUUCGCGGUUCCUUCCCCGGAGCCUCUGCUUUCCACCUCCUGGUGUGGAUCGGCCGCAGGCCCCUAUGAAAUGGGCUGUGAUUGUGUUUCUCUUUCUUUUGGAUGAAUUGUGGCGAAUUGCGCCCUGGGCAUCGGAGCCGGACCUGCUUUGAAACCAUUUUUCCACAUCCUCUGCUCUUUAAAAACCUGGGCCUGGAAUGAACUUAGAUUUCUCGCAGGCGCCUGGAGGUUGGCGGCUCAUGUUUGCCAAUUGAUUUAACUGGCCGCUGUGUCUUGAGACAUAGCUGUAUGUGCGGUGGGAAGGAGAUUACUCCCUCAUCCCCCGCCAUGCACGUGCUUCUCUCGAUGCUAUAAAUUGCAAGUGGGUGUUGGAGAUGCCGCUGUAUUGUGUUCUCCCUCCCUGGGCUGGUCGUGUUCGUUAGCGCCUGCACCAAUGCACUCUCCCCUGCCCGUAUUAAUUUAACGUUCCCUUUGGAAAGGCAGAUCCUUUCACAGGAAGUGUUGAAAUGCUCUUUGAAAGCAACGAACUGCCUCCCUCCUUUGCCGGUGACAUCUGUGCUAAGUUAACUGGGUUGCCCCGUCCCACUUUUCAGUCUCCUUGUCCAUCCUGGUUGCUAGAAGGAAGGGCUGUUUGCUCUCCUGUGGCCUUAGACCUAUUGAUUUGCAGCGGGAUUGACCCAGAAUCCGCUGGGUCUGUUUCUCGCAGGAAGAUCAUCCCAUGCCUCUGGAGAGCCAGCCCCUACCUGCGUCUCCUUUUAACUUGCGUUUAGCUGCUCCAGUGAGACCUGAUGGGGUUGGGGAAGCAGAAACAGUUUUCAUAUGCAUGACGCGCUGUGCCUAGAACCAUCUUGGCUGUCUGUCAAAUGAGGUCUCUUUCGGGCUGGCGUGUUCAACUGAGAAUCAAAGUCUUAUUAAAAAGUUGUUUUGAUGAGGGUA